GUGCACGAGUCUCCGCGUCCACCGCCCUCCUCCUUCUCUUCGUCUCCGUCGUGUGCGCAGCCCGAGCGAGGAGGCACGGCCGCCCCCUCUUCUUGACAGCCACAACGAGGAGGCGGGGGAAACGCACGAACACCGUGCCGGACCACAGGUAGAGAGACUAACACGGAGACGAGAGAUCAACAACAACAACAGCAGCAACAACAACAACAGCAGAAGCGGAAUCACCAUGUCCCGCCUGGGCUCGGCUCUCCGUGCCGCCUCCUUCAUCCUCGUGUGUGUGGCCGUGCUCACGCCCGUCGUGCACGGCUGGUACGGAAACCCGUUGGGUUCGUUCAUCCGGCACUACGAAGGCCUCUCAUACGACAGGGACGGGCUGCACCAGCGGCACCAGCGCGUGCGUCGUGCCACCUCCCACCCUGACACAGAGCUCCACCUCGACUUCGUCGCGCACGGACGGCAGUUCAACUUGCGCAUGAAGCGGGACGCGUCGAUCUUCUCGGACGACUUCUUCGUGGAGCUGCCGACGGGCGAGCGGCACGACGACACGUCGCACAUCUACGCCGGGAAACUCCACGGAGAGAGCGACUCGUUCUGCUACGGCAGCGUGCACAGCGGGCGCUUCGAGGGCUUCAUCAGCACGCGGCAUGGCACCUAUCACGUGGAGCCGUCGGAGCGCUACGCGGCGCGCGGCAGCAUGCCCUUCCACUCCGUCAUCUACCACCAGGACGAUGUCGAGUUUCCUGACAAGGUUGGCUCGCACGCCGGCUGUGCCAAUAAAUCGGUCUUCGAUCAGAUGCAGCGCUACCAGCGGCCCAAGGGAUGGGUGGCCGAAGAGCAGGCCAGGGAACUCACAAAAUCCGAGGCCGAGGCCCUGAAACGGCGAAAGCGCCAGGUGUCGCCAUCCAAGAACACGUGCCUCCUCUACAUCCAGACCGACCACAUGUUCUUCCGCAAGUACGGCAGCGUGGAGGCCGUCACUGCUGAGAUAGCGAAUCACGUCCAGGCCAUCAGCCAGAUCUACCGGGUCACCAACUUCGACAACAUCCGUAACAUCAACUUCUUGGUGAAACGCAUCCGGGUGAACACCACGGAGCACGAGAAAGACAGCAGCAACCCCUUCCGCUUCGCUAACAUCGGCGUCGACAAGUUCCUGGACAUGCACUCGGAGGGCAACUACGACGACUACUGCCUCUCCUACCUCUUCACCGACCGCGUCUUCGACAACGGCGUCCUCGGCCUCGCCUGGGUCGCUUCCCCGAGCAGCUCGGGAGGCAUCUGUGAAAAGAACAAAGCGUACCCGGACGGCCGACGCAAGUCGCUUAACACCGGCAUCGUCACGGUGCAAAACUACGGGCGCCACGUGCCACCCCGCGUCUCCUACAUCACCUUCGCCCACGAGAUCGGACACAACUUCGGGUCCCCGCACGACUCUGGCCAGCAAUGCACGCCGGGCGAGGGAACGCUGAUCAGCGACAAGGGCAACUUCAUCAUGUACCCCAGCGCCACCAGCGGCUUCAAGGCGAACAACAACCUCUUCUCUCCCUGCAGCAUCGGAAACAUCAGCCGAGUGCUCGUCGCGCGCAAGGACUCCUGCUUCGUGGAGUCGAACAAGCCAAUCUGCGGCAACAGCCUGGUGGAGGAAGGCGAGGCGUGCGACUGUGGCUUCAUGGACCAGUGCAAUGGAGACCCGUGCUGCUACCCGGCCGACGACACAAGUGGAAAAGGUUGCCAGCUCAAGCCCGGCAAGAUGUGCAGUCCGACCCGGGGCCCCUGCUGCACCCACGAUUGCAAGUUCCGUCUGCGCAACGACGAGUGCCGAGCGCCCACCGAAUGCGCCAAGGAGGGGGCGUGCAACGGCACGAGCGCUGUUUGCCCGGCCUCGCAACCGCAGCCCGACCUCAUCUUCUGCAGCAAUGAGACGCGCGUCUGCAAGGGCGGGCAAUGCUCGGGCUCGAUCUGUGAUCGGCACAGCCUGGAGGAGUGCUCGUGCUCCGGGGAGAGCGUGGAGGAACAGUGCCACGUGUGCUGCAUGCGCAAGGGAGACCCCAGCUCGUGCGCCAGCACCAAGGCGGAUGUUUGGAUCGACUUCUUCCACUCGAAGGAGCUGAAGCUGCAGCCUGGCUCGCCCUGCAACAACUUCCGCGGCUAUUGCGACGUCUUCCUGCGCUGCCGCCUCGUGGACGCCGACGGGCCACUGGCACGCCUCAAGAAGGCCAUCUUCAAUCCGGAGCUCUACAAGUCGCUGGCGCAGUGGGUGCGGGAUCACUGGUGGGCCGGCGUUCUCCUUGCCGUGGCUCUCAUCAUGCUCAUGGGGGGCUUCAUCUACCUGUGCAGCAAACACACGCCCAGCAGCAACCCCAACCUGCCCAAGCACAAGGAGCUGCCAGGCGUGUCGACAUUGCGAAGGCAGCAGAGGCAGCGUCAGGCGAGGAGCCGCAGGCCCGACGGCCAGGAGAUGCAGAACUUGAGGCGGUGAUGGCGGCCGAGCAGGGAGGGGUGGAGGGGGCGGGGGGGAUGUGGUUUGUUGUGGGUGGGCGGUUGGAGGAGGUGGGAGGCCAGCGGCAAGGAAUGGCAGCAGGAGCAGGAAUUCCCACCACUACGCCUACGGGAGUCUACGACAAUCACGGCUCCUGCGGUUUUAGGCCUCGCUCACUCCUGCCCCAGGAGGAUCGUGUGGCCAUGUGGCCGUCCAGACUCGAUGCUCCGCUGAGGGAUGAAAAGAGCACGGACCGGUCGACAGCAGGCUCGGUUCUGAUGAUAUUUUGACGCCUGCGUAAGAGCGCUGAGCCAGCUGCACACGCACACACAGACACGUAUAUAUACAUACGGAAUUAGACAGAAAAUGUUACGAGCGAUUGGUUUCGGACUUAAUUUGGUGCAUAGACACAGAAAACUGCUCGCCUGCGUCUAUAAAGAGAAGGCAUUCCAUGUGCGGUUUAAGAAACAGCUACCAAGGAUAAUUGGGCAAAACCUGUGGUGUCGUUUCUGAAUCGCUACACAAGCAAAUGGUAUUUCUGCUGCUGGAGAAGCCUCUGAAAUGCUCCUAAAGUGCGCUGCUCUGUAGCAUAGCUGGGAUAUAUGUAACAACUCGAAUGGGUUAGCGUUUGGCUGUGGUGGGGGGGAUCGGUGUUAUGGGAAGGCAACCAAAGACUUUGUAACGUAUGUUUAAUACUGGGCUUUGCACAAGUCCGGUGGCAGUUUCACACCCGGCGUGGGUAUCCGUGUGCCCCGAUGCCUUCUGGGUGGAACGUCAAACCCAAGACCUUCGCACACAUUCUCCACCGUUGCUUGAUCCGAGAAUCCCGGUUCCGCACACCUACUGGUUUAAGUGGCUCUUUCUCUUGUCGGCCCAGUAGAUGCGGCCCGUUUGUCUCACACAAAGAGACGACGUCCGGCACCGUGCAAAGGAAGCGUCGCACGCAGGCGAACCGCCGUGCGAGAGGGACCAAGCACGAAGUCGAUUUCAGCAGACAUCACUCUCCCUUGCUCAGCAAAGCGAGGACCUGUUUAUGCACUCAAAUGCAGCGUUCGCUCAGUCCGUUAUUACUUUGCCGGAUGAGUUGAGUUUUUUUUUAUCUUCUAGGAAAGUGAGAAUUGUCAUCCGAGGGGUGUUGGAAAUGAGGCUGCGUUUUGGCGGAACUGUUCGUUUCACCGGCCUCUGUUUUGGCGUCGGGCAUGUGGUGUGCGCAAGCGCGGCGCGCAUGGUCUCUGUUUAAACGAUGCUUCAAUUUGCUGAAGUGCCUAGAAACUGACUGUUUUUAGUUCGUCCAGACAACUUGUGCUGCAUUUGCACAACAAUUUGUAUCGCAACUGCCCCGAGGCCACAGCGACCCCGAGAAUCUGCAUUCCCAGCCCCAUCAUCAUAUUUCCCAUUUUAUCUGAGCUUCGUUUCAGCCCAGUGUGCAAAAAAAGUAUAAAGAGGGGUAGAUUUUCUUCCACACCCAAAUUUGGUGAAGUUUUUUUUCUCUAUCUAUAACUGGCAAGAAAAACCAAGCCACUAACAAAUGUGAACUCGGCUUGUUCUGAGGUAUCGUAUGGAUUCCUCAAGAAAUGGAAUUAGCUCUCGCUAAUCUUCUCGCUUUUAAAGCAGACGAGGCGAGGUUCGUCUUAUGUUUUACUGCUAUUGAUUAAAAAGGGACACGGACCGUGCCGCAUCUGCAGCGACGAAAUUGUAACGUGAGUGGGGGGGCCUAGAGAUCAGCAGAGGGGGGGCGCUCAGCCUUUUUAAGCAACUUUUAUUUUUAAUAAAAAUAAAAGUUUUUUGAGCUACUGAACUGUGUUUUGACCGAGCGUAGCUGGUACACUGACGAGCAGAGCUGUGCGUGUUUAACUUGUGUCGUUUAUCAUGCCACACGCAUUUUGCGUUUUUUUAUUCGAGCGCUAAAACCCCCAAAUGAUGUUUUGUGGUCCCCCCCCCCUCUUCCUUUUCUAAUUUACUUGGCGUGCUCAAAAACGUGGUGACGAGGGCCUGAAGUGAUGAAAACAUCGCCGAUAUAAUCGUUCUGACACGUCCAUACUGGACGUCUGUGAACAAAGAGCUUUAUAGCUCAUCGGAUUCCUCCAGUAUAAAUAUUUUGAUUCUGAAAUUGUGGUUUAUGAACCAUCGAAUUAUUGCACCACGGGGUUAUGGGUACUUACAAAUUAUUUUAAUUGAUUGCUCGCUCGUGAAAUAUUUUAAUAUUUAGUCUCCCGGAACUCUCCAGAUUGAUCUGAGAAACUCUCAAUUCGCCACUGCUGUGGUCAUGCACACUCUAUUUCCGUUUACCGUUUUUGUAAAAAUAUUGAACCUAUAGAAAAAAUAGGUUUGCGUUCGAGGCCCAUUCAUUCCAUGUUAAUGUAUUGCUACUGACUUUUAAGCUGUGGGGUAUUGUGUGAAAAUGCAGAGGUGGAGAUUUGAGGCUCAAAAAAGUGGAAUUUUUUGUACGGCAUGAACGCUACCAUCAACGGAGAAAAGUUUGCAGGGGCUGGGACAUAUAAUGGGACCCGAAAAUAAACAAACGACAGAAAUGUAUCUCGUGGGUUUUAGUUUUUUUUACCUAUGGUGCUGUGUAGCCUGAACACCUUAAACCGCCGCGUGUAUUAAAUGAGUUGAGGCCUGUACUCUGUAAAUAGCAACGGCUUGCGCUAAAGCGCAUCCGUAUGGCUUGCACUUAUUUUUUACGUUUUUAUUACUCUAACCAACGCUUUUUCUUACGUCCCAAACUCCAGUGUAAACUGUUUACCGACAUGGCUUUGUCCACUUUUUUCCAUUCUCUGCUUUUUACUAAUCUAUAUUUUGAAACGUUCACGGAUGCGCGAUUUGAAAUGACAAAUAAAAGCCAACUGCUGGCUA